AAGAUGGCGACUUCCUGGUUUUCAGAAAAUUUUCGUGCAAUCAAGUUAAUUUUCCUGUGCUUGUUCGCCCCAAUUUGUCUCCUGACUAUCAUAAAGGGAGAGCAAAUAAUCGAGUUAGUCGAUGGCCUGGCGCACAGAAUAUUCACUCCAGCCGAUAUUGCAAAAUACGAUGGUUCUGAUCCUGCCAUGCCUAUCUUUAUGGCAGUGAAAGGUGUGGUUUUUGAUGUUUCUGCAGGAAAAAAUUUCUAUGGUGCUGGUGCUCCCUAUAAUGCUCUUGUUGGAAAAGAUGCCACACGCGCGGUGGCCAAGAUGACGUUAGAUGAAGAAGAUCUCAAUGCUAGUCUGGAAGGUUUAACACCAGAUCAACUCGAUUCCCUUGAAGAGAUUUACACCGGCGUCUACAAAGAGAAAUAUCCUGUUGUUGGAUACAUGGAUCAUUUUGUGAGACUUUACCCAGAGAAAUUCAAUCCAGAUGCAAACAAGGCCAAUGAUGAAUUGUGACAGCCUGGCUCAGUUAGAUAUCAUUAAGUCUUCCAUCCAUAAUUGACUAAGAUUGGUUUGUUUCAUAAGAACUGGUUGUUAUGGGACACUCCCGCAAUAUAUUUAUUAAUUUUUGAUUUAGUAAAUGCCAAACUAAAUCUGUUAGUAAUAGGGGCCGAGUUGCUGUUACUGUCCUGGUUAAGAAGGUGUCUUGCCAACAGAAGGUUCCUCUGUAACAGGUGUAAAUACUGCUGUAAAUUUUUGUACUUGUUGUCUUUAACACCUAGCCAGUAUCAUGUUUUUUCAGAAAAUUUAUAAAAAUGUAACUUUUACAAUAAAUUACUUUAAUUGAAAUAGAA